AUGGCGUACAUCGCCCUCCAAUCCGCGUCCACGGGCCUCAGCGCCCUGAGCACCAACCUGGACGUCAUCGCGAACAACCUCGCGAACGUGAACACCGACGGAUUUCGCGCCUCUCGCGUGAACUUCGAGGACCUGAUGUACCAGCAGCGCGCCAUGCCCGGUGUCGAGAACACCGACGGCGACCGCAAGCCAACGGGCUUCUUCGUCGGCCUGGGGACGCGCAUCUCCGGCACCCAGUUCGACCUCCGGCCGGGAUCGCCCAUCAACACCGGCAACCCGCUCGACGUGACCAUCGAGGGCCCCCGGGGCUACUUCCAGGUCAUCGUCGAGGACGACCGCGCCGAGGGCGGCAUCGCCUACACACGCUCCGGCAACUUCACGGUGAACUCCGAGGGCGACCUCGUCCUCGCGAGCUCGGAGGGCCGCCUCCUCGAGCCGAACAUCAACAUUCCGGACGGCGUCACCGGCAUCUCGGUGGGCGCGACCGGCAUCGUCGAGGGGCUCCUCCCGGGCGACGCCGAGCCGACCGAGUUCGGCCAGAUCAUGCUCGUGGACUUCACCAACCCGGGCGGACUCAUCCCGCUCGGCGAGACCCUCUUCGCCGAGAGCGCCGGUUCCGGCACCCCGAUCGAGAGCGAGCCGGGCGAGAACGGCAUCGGCCGCCUCAUCUCGGGCUUCAUCGAGCUCCUCGCGUCCAUCCUGCUCGCCCUCUCCUUCGCGCACGCGGCGUUCGCCGGCGGCAUCACGCUCAAGCGGGCCGCCCGACUCCAGGCGGGCGAGACGCUCACGCUCGGCGAGAUCGCGCGGCUGACCGAGGACGUCGACCGCGAGCUCCGCGCGGUGCCCGUCGCCCUCCCGGGCGACGCGGGCGGGGCGGUCACGCUCACGCUCGAGGACGUCCGCGCCGCGCUCCGCGACGCGGGGCGCGACCCGUCUCGCUACGCCCUGAGCGGCUCCUCGUGCGCCAUCCGGGUGAUCCGCCCGGAGGCGGCGGAGGCGCCGGCCGUGGCGCCGGUCGAGGCGGCCUGGACGCCCUCGAACGACGAGCACUCCUUCCACACGCGGAUCCGGCGCAUCCUCGAAGAGCACUACGCCGCCGAGGGCCCCGACCUGCGGGUCUCCUGGCAGGAUCGCGACCACGGCUUCCUCGACCGCACCGACCCCAACGUCCGCCUCGUGGUGGAGCCGCUCUCGACCGGAGACGCCGCCCGGGCCGCGCUGCUCGUCCGCCUCUGGCGGGACGACGCGAUCAUCGAGACGCACACCCUCCGCGCGGACAUCGAGAUCCGCCGGACGCUCUGGUACGCCGCGAGGGACAUCCGUCGCGGCGACACGAUCUCGGACGCCGACCUGCGUGCCGAGCGCGGCUUCUCCCGCCCGGACGGCAACGAUCUCAUCGAGACGGCGGACGAGGCGGUGGGCAUGAUCGCGCGGAAAACGGUCCGCGAGGGCGUGGCGAUCCUGAGGAGCCACACCGAGCCGCCCCUGCUCGUGGAGCGCGGGCAGAUCAUCACGCUGUACUGCAUGCGGGGCUCGAUCGAGGUCCGCACCACCGUCCGCGCCCGUGAAGAUGGCGUGCACGGUGAGGUCAUCGAAAUCCAGAAACCCGGCUCGCGUGAGACCAUGUUCGCGCGGGUCGACGGCCCGUCGGACCAUCCGAUGAACACGACACGCACCAUCGCCGCGACGGCGCUCCUCGCCCUCGCCGCCGGCUCCGCCAACGCCCAGAGCCUCUACGAAGUCGGCCAGCCGCAGCGCGACCCCCUGCGAGGCAACGUCGGCCCGCAGACCUCCGGCCCGACCGAUUCGCCGACCGCGGGCAUCGCCCUGCACGACGUGAGCCUCUUCGCCAUCACCCCGCCCGAGCCCCGCGUCUUCCAGGAGAACGACCUGGUGACCGUCAUCGUCUCCGAGCGGAGCCAGACCGAGCGCAGCCAGUCGCUCGAGACGGAGAAGGAGUACGACCUCGAGGGCGAGCUCUCGAACUUCCUCGACCUGAGCGAGCUGCUCGAGGGCCGAUUCGUGAAUGACGACGACGACAACUUCCCGCAGAUCGGCCUCGACCUGAGCAACGAGUUCAACGGCGAGGGCGACUACGAGCGCGAGGACCGCGUCACCGACCGCAUCACCGCGCGUGUCGUCGAGGUCAAACCCAACGGCACCCUCCUCCUCGAAGCACGACGGACAAUCAAGACCGACGAGGAAGAGUCCGUCGUCUCCCUCUCCGGCAUCUGCCGUCAGGAGGACGUGACGACCAACAACACCGUCCAGUCCAACCAGCUCUUCGACCUCGCGCUCGUCGCCGAGAACGAGGGCGAGAUCCGCAAGACCGCCAAGCCCGGCCUCAUCAAGCAGGCGACCACCGUCCGCGACCUCGUCCGCCUCGACGGCCACGGCGAGGCCCGCAUCUGGGGCCUCGGCUUCGUCACCGGCCUCCCCGGCACCGGCGAUCCGCUCACCACGCUCCCCCUCGCCCGGCAGCUCGCCGCCCUCAUGGAACGCGGCGGCAACCCGGUGCCGAACCUCGAGGAGCUGGCCGCGGGGCAGAACAUCGCCAUGGUCAUGGUCACCUGCGACGUCCCCGGCGAGGGCGCCCGCUCGGGCGACGCGUUCAACUGCACUGUCACCUCGCUCCACAACGCCCAGUCCCUCGAGGGCGGCGAGCUGUUCAUCACCCCGCUCAACGGCCCCAUGAAGUCGCACGGCGUCUUCGCGAUGGCGGCCGGGCCGGUCUCGAUCGAGGGCGUCACGCCCACCCGGGGCGUCGUCCGCAACGGCGCGAAGAUGAUCAUCGACCACGUCCCGACGGUCAUCCAGCCCGACGGCUCGCUCGAGCUGCUCGUCCAGCCGGAGUACGCCGGGUGGUCGAUGACGCGUCUCAUCGCGGACGCGAUCAACUCCGAUCAGGAGGGUCUGGGGAGCAACGGCGAGAUCAUCGCCCGCGCCAUGAACGAGCGAUCCGUCAUCGUCACCAUCCCCGAGGCCGAGUUCCAGAGCGGCGUGCCGGCGAACUUCAUCGCGAACAUCCUCGAGAUCUACAUCGACCCGACGCUCCUCUCGCUCCCGGCCAAGGUGCUCAUCAACGAGCGCGCCGGGAUCAUCACGAUCACGGGCAACGUCGAGAUCUCCCCGGCGACGAUCACCCACAAGGACCUGGUCAUCACGACGGUGGUCCCCGAGCCGCCCGUCGACCCGGUCAACCCGCGCCUGGAGACGACGCGCUGGCACAACAUCACGACCCGCCCGGACGACCGGCGCUCCAUGGCGAGCCUGAUCGACCUGCAGAACGCCCUGAAGGAUCUGGACGUCCCGGUCGUCGACCAGAUCGCGAUCCUCAAGCAGCUCCACCGCUCCGGCCACCUCCACGCGGAGUUCGUCAUCCGCGCGAACCCGACGCCGGCGAACGCCGCGCGCUCCAUCGCCUCGGCCGACCGCCGCCCGGGCACCGCGAGCUUCCGCGAGCGGCUCGAAGCCGAGCGGGCGCUCACCGACCCGGCGCAGAUCGCCAAAGCCGAGGCCCGCCGAGAGCUGGAGGAGAGUUCGAGGGAGAAAGCCGAAGAGUUCGUCGCGCAGGCGCUGGUGUACCCCAUGCUCAAGGAGGCCCGCGAGUCCGACAUGGCGUGGGGCCCCUUCCAGCAGGGCAAGCACGAGAAGGCGCUGAGCUGGCUCAUCGACGAGCGCGUCGCGCAGGACAUCGUCGGCGCCAAGAACUUCCCGCUCGUCGACCGCGUGGCCGAGUCGCUCAUCGAGACGAGACGCGUCAUGAACAAGACGACGCCAACCCGGGCGCCCAUGGCCGUGCUCUCGCCCGAGCAGACGCUCCGCGAGCUCGACCGGCUCGUGACCAACCUCGAGACGCAGUACGGCGCGAUGCUCCAGGCCGUCGAGGCCCACGAGAAGGCGAUGCGCGUCGCCGAUUCCGCGACCAUGGCCACGUGCGUCGCUCGCGAGAACGAGGCCGUGCAGGCCAUCGCCGAGCUCGACAAACGACGGGCCCACAUCGUGAGCCUCUACAAGAAGAGCAACGGCAUCACCGCGCAGAACGACGGAGCCGAGCCGCUCACGAUCACCGCGAUCGCGCGCCGCAUCGGCGGCGAAUCCGGCGGCCGACUCGCCGCCCGCGCCGAAGAACUCCGCGGGCUCAUCGGCCGCGUCCGAACGAAGACGGACGCGCUCCACAUGGCCGCGAAGAUGCUCGGCGCCCACAUGGACGGGCUCAUGCGGCAGGUCAUGCAGAUGCUGAACCACGCGCAGGUGUACUCCCGCGGCGGCUCGGAACGGGCGAUGGGACUCACCAACUCGCUGUUCAUCGGGCAGACAGCGCUCACCGCGAGCCAGAUCGCCCUCCAGGUGACCGGCAACAACAUCGCGAACGUCUCCACCCCCGGCUUCCACCGGCAGGUGGUCACGCUCGAGCCCACCCGGGGCGGGUUCAUCGGCAACCGCGCGACGAUCGGUCGCGGCGUCGAGCUCUCGCGCAUCGCCCGCGCCAUCGACCCGGCGCUGCAGAACCGCCUCCGCUCGACGAUCUCCGACCAGCAGGCCGCGCAGAUCGGCCAGGCCGCGCUCGCGCAGCUCGAGGCGCUCACCAACGAGCUCACCGGACGCGACCUCUCCACCCAGCUCUCCACGUUCUUCAACGCGUUCUCCGAGGUCGCGAACGACCCGACCUCCGCCGUGGUCCGCGAGGCGGCGGUGGAGAACGGGGCGGCGCUCACCUCGUUCAUCCGCGGGCUCCGCGAGGACGUCCUCCGCACGCGCGACCAGCUCGACGCGCAGCUCCGCGGCGCGGUGGAACGCGCCGACGGCCUGCUCACCGAGAUCGCGGACCUGAACAAGGCCGUCGUCCUCGCCGAACUCGGCGGGAACAACGGCGAGGACGGCAACCUCCGCGAUCAGCGCGACUUCCUCAUCAACGAGCUCUCCGCGCUGCUCGACAUCUCCGUCCAGGAACGCGAGAGCGGCGCGGUGGACAUCUUCGUCGACUCCAAGCCCGUCGUGCUCGGCGCCGAGUCCCGCGGGCUCGAGCUCCGCGUCCGCUCGACCGACGACGAGCUGCUCGUCGAGGUCAUCACCACCGAGUCGCAGGAGGUCUCGAACAUCACCUCCGGCCAGAUCGGCGCCCUGCUCGACCAGCGCGACAACGAGGUCGACCGAACCCUCGACGACAUCGACGAGCUCGCCGCCGCGAUCAUCCACGAGGUCAACCGCCUGCACACCAGCGGCCGCCCGACGAGCCGCAUCACGGACCUCACCGGCACCCGCCGCGUCCCGCCCGCCGACCGCGCCCUGGCCUUCAACGACCCGACCAACGAGACCUUCGCCGACCUGCCCUUCCGCGUUCGCAACGGCAGCUUCGAGGUCGUCGUCCACGACGGCAACGGCAACGCCUCGACGACCGUCAUCGAGGUCGACCUCGACGGCAUCGACGCCACCGGCGCCGCCGGAUUCACCGACGACACCUCGCUCGACGACAUCGUCGCCGCGCUCGACGCGAUCUCGAAUCUCAACGCCAGCCUCGACAGCGCCGGCCAGAUCCGACUCACGACCGACGCCGGGUUCGACGUCAGCUUCGGCAACGACACGAGCGGCGCCCUCGCGGUCCUCGGCGUCAACACGUUCUUCUCGGGCGAGGACGGCGCGACCAUCGCCGUCCGCCAGGCCCUCCGCGACGAUUCCGGCCUCCUCUCCGUCGGCGCGGACGACGGCAUCAACGGCACCGCGCUGAGCAUCGCCCAGCUCCGCACCACGGGCGUGCAGUCCCUCAACGGCGGCACGCUCAUCGACCGCUGGCUCCAGUCCGUCGAGGAGACCGCCGUGCGGUUCAACUCGACGAACACCCGCGCCCAGGCGCUGAACACGGUGCGGCAGUCGCUCGAGGCGCAGGAGGCGGCGGUGGGGGGCGUGAGCCUCGACGAAGAGUCGCUCAAUCUCAUCACCUACCAGCAGCAGUUCACCGGCGCAUUCGACAUGGGCGGCAUCCCCUCCAACAUCUCGCGCGUCCCCAACCUCCUCGCGACGCAGCUCAUCUCCCGGAACGUCACCUCGUCCAACCUCGGGCUGCUCCGGCUCCAGGAGCAGCUCUCCUCGGGCCAGCGACUCAACCGCCCGAGCGACGACGCGGUCGCCUCCUCCAUCGUCUCCACGCUCGACCUGCGCCUGGAAGAGGGCGAGCAGCGCGGGCGAAACCUCUCGCACGCCUCGAGCGUGCUCAACACAAUCGAUCAGGCCCUCGCGGAGCUCAACAACUCCGUCGUCGAGGCCCGCUCCAUCGCCUCGAGCGAGAUCGGCGUCGGCUCGGACGAGUCCACGCGCUCCGCGCAGGCCGCCGUCAUCGAUUCCCUCCUCGACGGCGUCUUCCGCACGCUCAACUCCAGCUUCGGCUCCCUGCGCCUCUUCGGCGGCGAGCGCACCGCGACGAACCCCGUCGAGCGCUUCGAUUCCGGGUUCCGCUACACCGGCGCCGGCGAGGGCCUGUUCACCGACCUCGGCGGCGGGAUCGAGUUCCCAAUCACCAUCGGAGCCGACGACGCCGUCGGCGCCGUCUCCGCACGCGUCCGGGGCGACGUCGACCUCAACCCCAUCCUCACCGUCGACACCCGCCUCACCGACCUCCGCGGCCCGGACGGCCCCGUCGACAACCUCGGCUCCGUCGAGAUCAGCAUCGACAACGGCGGCGGCCCCGUCACCGUGAUCGCCGACUUCUCCGAGGCCGAGACCAUCGGCGACGUCGUGGACAUCAUCGAGAGCAACAUCCGCGCGACCGACCCCGGCGCGCUCGCCGGCGGCUACCCGGGCGGCGUCAGCGUGAUCAACGACCGCGUCGAGCUCUCCGGGCUCAACGCCGGCUACACCAUCAUCUUCAACGACGGCGCGACCGGCGACACCGCGCGCUCCCUCGGCCUCGACAACGCCCUGUUCACCAGCGCCUCGCGCUCCAACCCCGACCCCAACGCCGAUCUCAAUCCCCGCGUCACCGAGCGGACCACCGUCGCGGCGCUCAACCCCGCGACCGCCGUCGACCCCGGCACCAUCACCAUCCGCAACGGCGGGCGCGUCGGCACCGUCACCGUCACGCCCGCGACGACCAUCGGCGAGCUCCGCGAGGCCAUCGACCGGCUCGACAUCGGGGCCCGCCUCGAGAUCGACGCCGACGGCGACACCAUCAACAUCGUCAACGAGCUCUCCGGCUCACGCCUGAGCGUCGAAGAGGGCGGCAACCUCACCGCGACCACACUCGGCGUGCGCACCUUCGCGCAAACAACGCCCCUCAGCGCAUUCAACGACGGCCGGGGCGUCGAAAUUGCCGACGGCGAGACCGACCCCACCACCGGCCUCCCCGACCCGGACCGCAACGUCGAUUUCGAGAUCACCCUCGCCGACGGAUCCCAGUUCACCGUCGACCUCGAGCCCGCGGACAUCGUCGACGUGAGCACCCUGCUCACCAAGAUCAACGCCGAGGCCACCACCGCAGGAUUCGGCGCCGUCUUCAACGCGACGCUCUCCACCGGCUCCAACGGCAUCGUCUUCGAGGACACGACCGGCGGCGGCGGGGCCGUGAGCGUGGAAUCGCUCAACGGGUACGCCGCGGAGGACCUCGGCCUGCUCAACGCGACGUUCACCGCGGGCGCCCCCGCGACGCUCCAGGCGGAGGACCGCGCGACGGUGCGAGUGGACUCGCUCUUCACCGCCCUGAUCGACCUGCGCGAGGCCCUGACGUCGAACGACGAGCGUGGCAUCACCUUUGCGGGAGACCGACUCGAAGAGGACAUCGACCGGCUGGUCACCACCCGGGCGCUCGUGGGGUCGCGGGCGUCGCGGGUCGACGACGAGGUGGUGCGACUCGAGGACACGACCCUGCUCGACACCUCGAUCCGCUCCCAGCUGAUCGACCUGGACUACGUCGACGCCUCGACGAAGUUCAGCCUCUUGCAGACGCAGCUCCAGGUGCACACCGCCCGCUUCGGUGCGAUCGAGAUCAACGAGGAUCGCAUCAUCACCUUCCCCAAGGGCCUUCUCGGCUUCUCGGAGCAGAAACGCUACUGCCUGCUCCAGCCCAACGACGACGCCUGCUUCUUCUGGCUCCAGUGCCUGGACGACCCGAACCUGGCGUUCGUCAUCACCGACCCCAACCUGUUCGUGAAGGACUACUCCGUCCCCGUCCGCGACGACCAGCUCGAGUCGCUCAAGCUCGCGGACCUGGGCGACGCGCAGGUCUUCGUCAUCGUCAACAAGGUCGGCACGAUGCUCACGGGCAACCUGCAGGGCCCGCUCGUGAUCAACACCCUCGACCGAGUCGGCGAGCAGUUCGUCCUCGCCGAGAAGCGGUGGACGACGCGUCACGAGCUCGUCUCCCUCAAGCAGCCGGCGCGGAGCGCCGGCGACGACACGCGACGGAUGAUCCGGCGCGACAACACAAUCACGGAUCCACGGAGGGAUUCCACAAUGCUCGUGCUUUCGCGACAACGCGACGAGACCAUCAUGAUCGGCGACGACGUCGAGAUCACCGUCGUCGAUAUCCGGGGCGACAAGGUCCGCCUCGGCAUCACCGCGCCGACGUCCAUCGCCGUGCACCGCAAGGAGGUGUACGAGGCCAUCCGCGAGGAGAACCGCAAGGCCGCCUCGCUGGACGGCGACGCCAUGCCCGACCUCGCCACCGCCCCCAAGCCCGUCGCGCCCAAACGCAGCGCGUCCAACUCCCUGAGGAGGAUCGACAUGACACGCAUCAACACCAACGUCGCGAGCCUGUUCGCACAGCGGAACCUCAACCGCUCGAACAUCGACCUCGAGAACAGACUCCAGCGCCUCGCCACGGGCCUCCGCAUCAACCGCGGCGCCGACGACCCCGCCGGCCUGAUCGUCUCGGAACGGCUCCGCACCGAGCUCCGGGGUAUCGAGCAGGGCAUCAAGAACUCCGAGCGCGCCACCAACGUCAUCGCGACCGCCGAGGGCGCCCUCGCCGAGGUCUCCGAGCUCCUCAACUCCAUCAAGGCCCUCGUCGUCGAGGCCGCCAACUCCGGCGCCUUCAGCGCCGAGGAGAUCGAGGCCAACCAGCUCCAGAUCGACUCCGCGCUGGACUCCAUCACACGCAUCUCCAACACCUCCUCCUUCGCCGGGCUUAAGCUGCUCAACGGAUCGCUCGCGUACCGCGUCUCCGGCAUCGACCAGACGAACAUCAUCAAGAGCCAGAUCUUCGGCGCGAACUUCGGCGACCGCACCACCAUCGACGUCGACGUCGAGGUCAUCGGCUCCGCGCAGCAGGCGAACCUCUUCCUCCGCACCAGCUCCUUCCCCGCGAUCAGCCAGAUCCCCUCCACGGUGGUCCUCGAGGUCGCCGGCCCGCGCGGCGUCCAGGAGCUCAGCUUCCCCUCCGGCACGGACAUCGACCGCAUCGUCCAGGCCAUCAACGAGCGCGUCGCCAUCACCGGCGUCUCCGCCUCGCGCGUCAGCGCGACCGACGCCUCCUCCGGCCUCGUCUUCAACUCCGUGGACUACGGCUCCGAGGCGUUCGUCUCCAUCCGCAAGCUCUCCGGCGGCACCACCUUCGACUUCGCCUCCCUCACGAACAACGACCCCGGCCCCAUCGACUGGACCGGCGGCACCAACAUCACCCUCGCCGACACCGAUUUCGGCAAGGACGUCGAGACGCUCGUCAACGGCGCCUUCGUCCGCGGGCGCGGGCUGGACGUCACCCUCCGCGACCCCUCGCUCGACCUCAAGGUCACGCUCGACGCCACCUUCGCGACCACCAUCUCGGGCACCCCCGAGGACUUCGUGAUCACCGGCGGCGGGGCGCUCUACCAGCUCGGGCCGCAGGUCAACGCCCAGCAGCAGGUCUCCGUGGGCAUCGCCUCCAUCGCCGCCACGCGCCUCGGCGGGGCCCUCGUCACCAAAACGGACGGCACCCAGGAAGUCCAGUUCCUCUCCUCCUUAAAGGAAGGGGGCGACAACGCGCUCUCCUCGGGCAACUUCCUGAACGCCUCGACCAUCCUCGACCAGGCGAUCGACGAGAUCUCCCAGGCCCGCGGACGCUUCGGCGCCUUCGAGCGGAACGUCCUGCAGACCAAUAUCCGGUCCCUCCAGGCCGGCCUCGAGAACAUCACCUCGUCCGAGUCCAUCAUCCGCGACGCGGACUUCGCGGAAGAGACCUCCGCCCUCACCCGGUCGCAGAUCCUCACCCAGGCCGGCACCUCCGUGCUCGCCACGGCGAACACCAACGAUCCGGCGCAGACCGUCACCCUGAACCCCGAGAAGACGCCCACGGAUUCAUGCGACACGGGCACUCGUCGAUCUCCACAUCACGAGCGUGCUCCACGAGCACCUCCCCCGCGCGGUGCGGUUCCUCGCGGGAACGAAUGCCACGGAGGUCGCUCGACGUACCGAGCGAAACGACAUCUCGGCCGGGCGAGAAGCACCCGGGACACUCAGGGAGGAUCGGAUCCAAUGACACGAAUCAACACCAACGUGAACUCGCUCAUCGCGCAGCGCGUUCUGACCCAGAACAACCAGUCGCUCAGCCAGUCGCUCGAGCGCCUGAGCACGGGUCUCCGGAUUAACCGUGCCGCGGACGGCCCCGCCGGCCUCAUCGCGUCCCAGAACCUCCGCGCCGAGCAGGCCGGGCUCUCCAACGCGAUCUCCAACGCCGAGCGUGCCGACCAGGUCGUGAACAUCGCUGAGGGCGGCCUCACCGAGGUCUCCGGGCUCCUCACCGAGCUCCAGGGCCUCGUCACCGCCUCGGCCAACACCGCCGGUCUCUCCCAGGAAGAAAAAGAAGCCAACCAGCUCCAGAUCGACUCCAUCCUCCAGACCAUCGACCGUCUGGCCGAGUCCACGUCCUUCCAGGGCGAGAAGCUCCUCAACGGCUCCUUCGAUUAUGAGACCACCGCGGUCGCCGCGACCGUCGACAGCUUCUCCGUCAACCGGGCCAAGCUCGGCUUCGGCGAGACCCGCGACGUCGACGUCCUCGUGACGCAGUCCGCCCAGCAGGGCGCCCUCGCGCUCUCCUUCGGCGGCGCCAUCGACCUCACCAACGCCACCUCGGCCUUCGUCAUCGAGCUCACCGGCGCCAAGGGCUCUCGCGAGCUCUCCUUCUCGUCCGGCACCACGCUCGCCGACUUCGCCGCCGCGAUCAACACCUUCAAAGAGGUGACCGGCGUCUCCGCCCUCGUCUCCGGUGCCGGCCACGUCCGUCUCGAUACGGUCGGCCUCGGCUCCGACGAGUUCGUGACCGUCAAGGUCAUCAACGAUGGCGGCGAGACCGGCGCGAUCGUCUCCAAGGACACCACCGACGUCGACGCCAUCGGCGGCGCCGGUUCCACGACGACCGCCUUCACCGCCGCCGGCAACGGCAUCACCGACGAAGGCCAGGACAUCGCCGGCACCAUCAACGGCGUGACCCUCGUCGGCAGCGGCACCACCGGCCGGAUCAACACCGAGUUCCUCGACAUCGAGAUCGACCUCACCACGGCCGGCGCCCAGGCGCUCGCCAACAUCUCCGCCCUGCAGAUCACGGGCGGCGGAGCCGACUUCCAGCUCGCGGGCGACGUCAACAUCGCCGGCAAGACCUCGCUCGGCAUCGGCAACGUCGCGGCCCGCGGCCUGGGUCGCACCGACGACUCCGGCACCGCCCGCUUCCUCUCCGACCUCGGCUCCGGCGCCUCCCUCAACGUUGUUGACGGCGACACCACCAAGGCCCAGGAAGUCCUCGACGCGGCGAUCCGCGAGGUUUCCGGCCUCCGAGGCCGCCUCGGCUCCUUCCAGAGCAACACCGUCGGCGCGACCAUCCGCUCCCUCGGCGUCUCGCUCGAGAACUCCACGGCCGCCGAGUCCAUCAUCCGCGACGCGGACUUCGCCACCGAAACGGCCGGUCUGACCCGGGCCCAGAUCCUCUCGCAGUCCGCGACGCAGGCUCUGACGCUCUCGAACAGCCAGCCGCAGGCCGCUCUCGCGCUGCUCGGGUAA